UAACAAGAAACUAUUUGCCUUGUUAACUGCUUUCGAAACACAUUAAAUAUAUGCACUUAGAAGUAAUUCAGUUGAUGCAGCACAAUGAAUUCCUAUGGCUAUUAGCUUUUAAGAUCCCUUUAUGCUUGUUAUUAUCUGGAGCAAUUUAGUACAAACAUUUCUAUUCUUAGCAAAAUCAUGAGAAAACAUAUGUAACUAUCAAUUAUUGCUGGUAAUUGCUUGAAUAAAAUAAAACAAAAGAGAAGAUGGGGAAGUUGUUAAUCAAUCAAACACAAACAUGGGCAAGGUACACUGUUCGUUGGCUCGUGCCGGAAAGGUGAGAAGACAGACUCCCAAGGAAGCAGGAGUGCAAGACCCAAAGAAGAAGCCUUGUGGCCACACCCACAAGCGUAUGCAGUACAACCGCCGUUCCGUCAGCGCCAAUGUUGACUUUGGGUGGGGACCAAACUCAUCUAAGAAGUAA